UAUUUUGUUUACAUUUGUGUCGCAGACCGCAGUGAUUUGUGAUUGUGAAUCACUAGUAUAAUUUUUUUACUAUUGUGAACAUUGUGAUAAUUAGUUUGAAUAUUUUAUUGUAACAAAUCAAAAUAUAAAUUUACAGGCCUACUAAAGAUUUAUGACCAACUUCUUUAUAAGUCUAAACUGAGCGAUAAUCAUUAAAAGUAUCUUUUUAAGAUGAUAGUAAGGAAGCUCCACAGGCUGGCGAGAUGUAUAGAGGUCAGUCAAGAGGUGAAAAGUGCCCUGGAUGCCAGGAGACCUGUAGUGGCCCUAGAGAGCACAAUAAUUACUCAUGGAAUGCCGUACCCCCACAAUGAAGAGACAGCGCUUCAGGUAGAAAACAUCAUACGGGAACAAAAUGCUGUUCCUGCUACAAUCGCAGUUAUUAAAGGCAAACUAAAAGUAGGUUUGACACCACAAGAAAUACGUUUUCUUGCCUCUUCCAAAAAAGAUGAUGUUAUUAAAACCUCCAGAAGAGAUCUAGCUUAUAUCCUCAGUAAGGGUCUGAGCGGGGGCACCACUGUUUCUGGGACUAUGGUGGCUGCUAAUUCUGUAGGCAUCAAAAUUUUUGUUACAGGAGGAAUUGGAGGUGUGCAUCGGGAGGGAGAGAGGACCAUGGAUAUCAGUGCAGAUCUGACAGAGCUCGGGAGGACUUGUUUAACUGUUGUCUGCAGUGGAGUCAAAUCCAUUCUGGACAUCGGCAGGACUCUUGAAUAUCUGGAGACACAAGGAGUGUGUGUGGUGUCAUAUGGAUCAACUCGGGAUUUCCCAGCUUUCUAUAGCCGCAAGAGUGGACAUUUAGCACCGUACCACGUGAACUCAGCUGAGGAGGCUGCAGCAAUGAUACACUCCCUAGACCAGCUGCAAGUACAGUCUGGUCUGCUGCUGGCAGUUCCAGUACCGGAGGAGGAUCAGUUGAUUGACGAUGUUACAAUGGAAAAUGCGAUUCAAAAAGCUCUCAAACUGGCAAAGGAGAGGGAGAUUACGGGAAAGGCUGUGACACCAUUCAUCCUCCAACAAGUGUCCGAACUUACUGAAGGGCGAUCACUGCAAACAAAUAUCUCUUUGAUUAAGAACAAUGCUUUGGUUGGAGCUAAUAUAGCUGUUGCACUUGCUAAAACUGAAAGGGAGAACAAGCAGACCAGGAUAGAAGAACAACCACAAAAAUCAUAUCAAGUUUUGACCAGACCUAAAGAUCCACAACUUAAUCCAAUUGUCAUUGGAGGAUCCAUUUUGGACUCAGUUGUGUCUGUCCAGGAACCUUUUAAGGUGGAAGGCAGGACGCUGUCUGCACGUAUACGUCAGUUUGGAGGCGGUGUGGGGCGCAACCUCGCAGAUGCACUCGGCAAACUGAACCUCUCCCCUUGUCUCGUGACAGCGGUUGGCAAUGACCAGUACGGCAACUUCUUGCUCCACCAAACUCUCAAUCACCUGGACCAUGAGGCAGUAUUGGUAACCUCUGACCUCCCCACAGCCUGCUACACUGUGCUGCUGGACCAGACAGGAGAGUUCAGAAUGGGGCUAGGAGACAUGGAGGUGCACAGCCUUAUCUCGUCAGAGCAUGUAAGCAAACACCUUCAAAAUACGUCGGCAGUCAUUAUGGAUGGAAACUCUCCGCCUAAUACCAUUCGUUUCAUUCUAGAGUAUUGUUCCAGAUAUGGUAUCCCUGUGAUUUUUGAACCCACCGAUGUUAAAAAAGCUGCCAUCCCAUUCCAGUUUGAAUCAUGGAAAUGCCUUCGUCUGAUCUCACCUAAUGUAAAGGAGCUGCGAGAAAUCGCUGCAGCCAUUGGGCUGGACGUUAGAACCAGUGUGGAGGACUCGUCCACUAUCAGUAUAGAGGAGAUAGCCAGCAUGGCCAUCCCCUUGGCUGAGCACAUACAGACUGUGAUGGUCACCCUGGGCGCUAGAGGUGUCUUGAUGGUGGGUAGACUAGAACCUGAUGCCCCUGUGACAGCAAGGUACUAUGCCACCACUCCCUUAGAUCAAGUUACCAGUGUGUCAGGAGCCGGUGAUUGCCUGGCUGCUGGGUUGGUGAGUGGUCUGUUGGCCGGACUUGACGAACAGCUGUGUGUCUCUCGAGGGAUAGCUGCGGCCCACGACUCCCUGCAGUGCUACUCUGCAGUUCCCAAAGAGUUCACCACGGCUCCCAGGCCUGUCGAGUAUUGCGAAGUGGGCAGCUUAUUGCAACGUUCUAGGCUGUAAUCCUUUACCAGAGCAAAUAAGAGCAGUGAAGCAUAGGCAGUCAUUAAGCUUGAUACUAAAUAUUAAUCUCACAAUCAAACCAAACCCACUCAUUAAUCUGAUGUUUGAAUCUUUCUCUUAUACAUUCAAUUGGGAUUAUCAAGCAAAAUAUCAUUAAUGAAUGGUAAUUUUUAAUCGCAUGAUGUCUAAUGGCACUUGCUCCACAGCUCAUGUAAAUGUAGCAAUGUCCCUUAAAGAAUGCAGUAAAUGUCAUUAAUGUCAUCAUACCUGUAACAAUUUAGAUUUAUGUGACAUGUCUAGUAUUCUUUUUAAAAGUAUUUUAGUACAUUAUACGACUUGCGCAAGGCUUAUCACUAUGUUGAACAUAAAUUUCUUAUUACUAAGUUAAAAUACUAAUAUUUGCCAGUAAUACCAUAGAUAAAUGGUUUAUGUAAUGAUUGAUAAUUAAAUAAUAUUAUUUUUAAA